AUGUCCGUCCCAAUGCAGCAGCUGGCAAAGGCAUGCAUCCCAGCGUACACUUGCCCACCGGGCACGAAAAUGCAUCUGCUCAACCUGGGCACGCUGAACGUUGACGACGCAUGGCUACUUCUGGGCGCGAAUGGCAGCUCGGUCAGCAACCCAAAUCCUCCGAGUAAACGGAGAGAUUUAAUGCUUAUCGCUGGCCUGAUCGAUCAUCCGGAAAUGGGCCUGAUACUGUUCGAAACGGGAAGUGCAGAGGAUGUCACCAGGCAAUGGGGCCCAGAAGCCGUGGAUCUCUUCCCUCGAACGCGAUAUGAGAAACAUCAUCGUUUACCAGAUGCCAUAUCGGCCGCUGGUUACGAUAUCAAAGACGUGAAAGCCAUCGUAAUGGGCCAUCUGCACCUGGACCACGCUGGAGGACUGGAGCAUUUCCGCGGCACUGGUGUCCCCGUCUACGUGCACGAAGAAGAAUUCAAGCACGCAUGUUGGGCUGCCGGGACCAACUCUGAUGGUGGGCUGUACCUGGGCGAUUAUCUCAAGCUCGACGGCUCGAUCAACUGGCAGACCUUCAACGACCAGCAGCUGGAUCUCUUCACGGGGAUAACCCUCUACCACUGUCCAGGACAUACACCGGGUCUAUGCAUCAUGCAGGUCAAUCUCUCAAAUGAUGGGACCUUUAUCUGGACCACCGAUCAGUAUCAUAUCCGAGAGAACUAUGAAUUAGACCAGGCACAUGGCUGGCUGAUGAGAGACUACCGGAAAUGGGUGGACAGUGGCAAGUUCAUCCGACGGCUACAGAGGAUUUUCUCCGCGACGUUGAUCUUCGGACAUGACUACGAGACGGCGGCGCGUCUGAUUGAAGCAAAAAAGGCUUACGAGUAG